GUUUUUUUCUCUCGCCCCGCCUGCGCCAGGCCGGCCAAUGGCGGCGGGCUGUUUACCCACGAGCCUCGCCCAGCUCCUCGAACUAGGCCAAUGAGCGGCGGCAGCGGCUCCGAGGGGGCGGCUCCGAGAGGCUGUGCGUGUCUUGUGAGAGCUCUUGAACCAAGUCAGAGCUAGAGCUGGGCGGCUGGAAACGGCGGCCGCCGCUGGUGACUCAGGGAGGCAGGAGGCGGGGGAGGAGCCCUUCCUGCAGGCGUGGAAACCAUGGUGCUCACGCUCGGAGAAAGUUGGCCAGUAUUGGUGGGGAAGCGAUUCCUCAGUCUGUCCGCCGCCGACGGCAGCGACGGCGGCCACGACAGCUGGGACGUGGAGCGCGUCGCCGAGUGGCCCUGGCUCUCUGGGACCAUUCGAGCCGUCUCCCACACCGACGUUACCAAGAAGGAUCUGAAGGUGUGCGUAGAGUUUGACGGGGAAUCUUGGAGGAAGAGAAGAUGGAUAGAAGUCUACAGCCUUCUAAGGAGAGCAUUUUUAGUAGAACAUAACUUGGUUUUGGCUGAACGAAAGUCUCCUGAAAUUUCUGAACGAGUUGUUCAGUGGCCUGCAAUAGUGUACAAGUCUCUGUUGGACAAAGCUGGUUUGGGAUCCAUAACGUCUAUUCGCUUUCUGGGAGAUCAGCAAAGAGUAUUUCUUUCUAAAGACCUCCUGAAGCCUAUACAGGAUGUAAACAAUCUUCGACUUUCCCUUAUGGAUAAUCAGAAUGUCAGUAAAGAAUUUCAAGCUUUGAUUGUGAAACAUUUGGAUGAAAGCCAUCUUUUACAAGGUGACAAAAACUUAGUUGGUUCAGAAGUAAAAAUUUAUAGCUUGGACCCAUCGACUCAGUGGUUUUCUGCAACAAUUGUAAACGGAAACCCAGCAUCAAAAACUCUGCAAGUCAACUGUGAGGAGAUUCCAGCACUGAAAAUUGUUGAUCCAUCACUGAUUCAUGUUGAAGUUGUGCAUGAUAAUUUUGGGACAUGUGGUAAUUCCACAAAAAUUGGAGCCGUAAAACGCAAGUCUUCUGAGAAUAAUGGAAGCCUAGUUUCCAAACAAGCAAAAUCUUGCUCUGAGGCCUCUCCUAGUAUGUGUCCUGUACAGUCUGUGCCCACAACGGUUUUUAAGGAGAUCCUGCUUGGCUGUACGGCAGCAACCCCACCUAGUAAGGACCCGAGGCAGCAGAGCACUCCUCAGGCUGCCAACUCGCCACCCAAUCUUGGAGCAAAAAUUCCUCAAGGAUGUCAUAAACAGAUUUUACCAGAAGAACUUUCUUCCUGUCUAAAUACAAAGCCUGAAAUACUGAGAACAAAACCAGAUGUUGUCUGCAAAGUAGGAUUGCUGUCUUCAAAGUUCUCUCAGAUUGGAACUGGAGACUUAAAACCCCUUAGUGAACCAAAAGGUAGCUGUACCCAGCUGAAGACUAGCACUGAUCAGGAAAACCAGUCGGAAUCGGUUUCUCAAUCAUCGACUGGCCUUCCUAAGGAGUGCUCACCUACAAAGCCUUCUUCUACGGCAGAAUUAGAAAUUGCCAGUACUCCUGAACUGCAGAAGCACCUAGAAUAUACGCCUUCCACAUCUGAUGUCCUUUCAGAUAAGCCAGAGGAGAAAGCAGGUGUCAAUAGUAAUAGCUUUAAUAGUUGUGUGGAAAAAAAGAUAGAAUCUUCAACUUUAGGAUGCCGGUCACAGAAUUUGAAGGAAUCUUCAGUAAAAAUAGAUAAUGAAAACUGUUGUACAAGAAACAACAGUAAAAUCCAGAAUGCCCCAUCCCGAAAGUCGGUUUUGACAGACCCAGCCAAAGUCAAGAAGCUGCAGCAGAGUGGUGAGGCCUUUGUACAGGAUGACUCCUGCGUGAACAUCGUUGCACAACUGCCUAAGUGCCGGGAGUGUCGCUUGGACAGUCUCCGCAAGGAUAAGGAGCAACAGAAAGACUCACCUGUGUUUUGUCGCUUCUUUCACUUCAGGAGGUUACAAUUCAACAAACAUGGUGUAUUGCGGGUGGAAGGGUUCUUAACACCAAACAAGUACGACAGUGAAGCAAUUGGCUUGUGGUUGCCUUUAACCAAAAACGUUGUGGGGACUGAUUUGGACACUGCAAAGUAUAUCCUGGCCAACAUUGGAGACCACUUCUGUCAAAUGGUGAUUUCUGAAAAGGAAGCUAUGUCAACUAUUGAGCCACACAGACAGGUUGCUUGGAAGCGAGCUGUCAAAGGUGUUCGGGAAAUGUGUGAUGUAUGUGACACCACCAUCUUCAACCUGCACUGGGUGUGUCCUAGGUGUGGGUUUGGAGUGUGUGUGGAUUGCUACCGGAUGAAGAGGAAGAAUUGCCAACAAGGUGCUGCCUACAAGACUUUCUCUUGGCUAAGAUGUGUGAAGAGUCAGAUACAUGAACCAGAGAACCUGAUGCCUACACAGAUCAUUCCUGGAAAAGCCCUCUAUGAUGUUGGAGACAUUGUUCAUUCAGUGAGAGCAAAAUGGGGAAUAAAAGCAAAUUGUCCCUGUUCAAACAGGCAAUUCAAACUCUUUUCAAAGCCAGCCUCAAAGGAAGACAUAAAACAGACUUCCUUUGCUGGAGAAAAACCUACUCUUGGUGCCGGGUUCCAGCAGAAUCCCUUGGUGUUGGAGCCAGUGCCUGUGGCUGGGGAAGCUGCUUCCAAGCCAGCCAGCAGCAUGAAGCCCACCUGUCCAGCCAGCACAUCUCCUUUAAACUGGCUGGCAGACCUGACCAGCGGGAAUGUCAACAAGGAAAACAAGGAAAAACAACCAACAAUGCCAAUUCUAAAGAACGAAAUCAAAUGCCUUCCACCCCUCCCCCCUUUGAGCAAAUCCAGCACAGUCCUCCACACCUUUAACAGCACAAUUUUAACACCUGUAAGCAACAACAAUUCUGGUUUCCUCCGAAAUCUCUUGAAUUCCUCUACAGGAAAGACAGAAAAUGGACUCAAGAAUACACCAAAAAUCCUUGAUGACAUCUUUGCCUCUUUGGUGCAAAAUAAGACUGCCACUGAUUUAUCUAAGAGGCCUCAAGGACUGACUAUUAAGCCUAGCAUUCUGGGCUUUGACACUCCUCACUAUUGGCUGUGUGAUAAUCGCUUGCUAUGCCUCCAGGAUCCCAACAACAAGAGCAACUGGAAUGUGUUUAGGGAGUGCUGGAAACAAGGACAGCCAGUGAUGGUGUCAGGAGUGCAUCAUAAGUUGAACAGUGACCUCUGGAAACCUGAAUCCUUCAGGAAAGAGUUUGGGAAUCAGGAAGUCGACCUAGUUAACUGUAGGACCAAUGAAAUCAUCACGGGAGCCACAGUAGGAGACUUCUGGGAUGGAUUUGAAGAUGUUCCAAACCGUUUGAAGAAUGAAAAAGAACCAAUGGUGUUGAAACUUAAGGACUGGCCACCAGGAGAAGAUUUUAGAGAUAUGAUGCCUUCUAGGUUUGAUGAUCUGAUGGCCAAUAUCCCACUGCCCGAGUACACAAGGAGAGAUGGCAAACUAAACUUGGCUUCCAGGCUGCCAAACUACUUUGUUAGGCCAGAUCUUGGUCCCAAGAUGUAUAACGCCUACGGAUUGAUUACUCCGGAAGACCGGAAAUAUGGAACAACAAAUCUUCACUUAGACGUAUCUGAUGCAGCCAAUGUCAUGGUGUAUGUGGGAAUUCCCAAAGGACAGUGUGACCAAGAAGAAGAAGUCCUUAAAACCAUCCAAGACGGAGAUUCUGAUGAACUCACAAUAAAGCGAUUUAUCGAGGGAAAAGAGAAGCCGGGAGCCCUCUGGCAUAUAUACGCUGCAAAGGACACAGAGAAAAUACGAGAAUUCCUUAAAAAGGUAUCAGAAGAGCAAGGUCAAGAAAACCCAGCAGACCAUGAUCCCAUUCAUGAUCAGAGCUGGUAUUUAGACCGAUCACUAAGAAAGCGUCUUCACCAAGAGUAUGGAGUUCAAGGCUGGGCUAUUGUACAGUUUCUUGGGGAUGUGGUAUUUAUCCCAGCAGGAGCUCCACAUCAGGUUCAUAACUUAUAUAGCUGUAUCAAAGUGGCCGAAGAUUUUGUUUCUCCAGAGCAUGUUAAACACUGUUUCUGGCUUACUCAGGAAUUCCGUUAUCUGUCACAGACUCACACCAAUCAUGAAGAUAAAUUACAGGUGAAGAAUGUUAUCUACCAUGCAGUGAAAGAUGCAAUUGCUAUGCUGAAAGCCAGCGAAUCCAGUUUCAGCAAACCGUAGGGGUCCAAGAGACGCCUUAACCCCUGUACAUUGGACGUGAAUUACUGGCAGCUGUUCAAAUUCUUCAGGCAGGAUUCCUGUGGACUUUGAGAUUCAUGUUACCUCAUCUUCUUUUUUAAACUGUACCCAACUGGUAAGGGUACUCUGUCUAAUGUAUAUUUCUAGUGUUUACACACACUAAAUAUGUAUAUGUAGGAACUAUUUACAGAACAUGCAUCCUUAAACUGUGACUUUUCACCUAGUGCAGACCUUCUACCAUGCUGUAAAAACAAAACCUCUUACCAGCUCUGGAACAAUACCUGCAGUUAUUCCCAGCUGUUUGGUUGGACAGCUUAGUCAAAUGGAUUUAUAACUCUUAGGAAUCACUGCACGGUUUAUUUGGCUGUAUUUUGUUUUGUGUCUGUCUGAGUAUCCUCUCCCCUACCCCUUAGGGUUCAGAUGAGCGAUGGAGGAAAUGACAGCUAACGAUGCAGUUCCUACUGUAUUGCAUUAGGACUGGCAUUAUAUAGCAGAAAUCAACUACUGUACAAUUCUUGGGUUUAACCAUCUUUAGUUAAAUGGAGUUUUAAUUUAAAUGAAGCUUUGCUAAUUUUAAGUGUUAAGCAUUUUGCAUUAAAGUAUUCAUAUAAUAUUUUGACUCCACUCAUUGGCAUUAUUAUCCUCUGGUUAUAGAUUCAGCACACUUUUCUGCAAUGUUCUAGGUAUAAGAGGUUGCUCCGGGAAUGCCUCUUAAAAGCAAAAAAAUUAGAUGCUAUAGUGAUUUGUGAGUGAUAAUUUAUAAUGCUAACAUGGAAAUAAGUUUCUUCUUAGCCAAAUGGAAGCCUUGUCACACCUUUGCAAAGAAAUACCGCCAAUUAACUAAAUUUGGAAGUGGAAGUUAACCAAGAAAUCAAAUAGUGACUGGUUAAAUGGUUCUAAAAAAAUAUUUCAAAGAGAUUGAAAUACUUUGUCUUGUCUUUCAUAAUAUAAGAGUUUACGAAGGAAAAGGAAAUUAUUAGAAAUUUUAGAACAGUAGGAUCUUAAAACAAUCCUUUCUGAAGGAAGAGAAUUCAUCAGGAAGCCACCUUUCUGUAUUUCCCUGGGCUUCUCUCCAAGCCAGGCCUCAAAGGAGUCCCACCGAUAGUUACACCGCUGUUAUUCAUAAUCAAAUAGAUUGUAACAAGUGUGAAAACAGAAAGCCACCAUGAACAAGAGUCGAUAAGAACUUUCAAAUUGCCGUAUUAAACCUGCAAAGGUUUACAGACUGGAAUGAUCCAGUAUUAUUUUAUAUUCUGAACUGUUUAAUACAUUAAAAGAAAUGAGAGUAUUGGAAUAUGAUGAAAGAAUGAGAUUUCCAGAAAUGACCAAAUAUGGAAAGAAGCUAAAUAGCAUUUAUAGAAAUGAGACAUGAUGGUUAAAAUUAGAAAUUCAGCAGAUGAGUUAAACAGAAAAAAUUCUUUUAUGAACUGGGAGAUUGGUAAAAAUAUAGAAUACGGCAUUGAAUAACAGGAAACUAUAAAGAAGUGUUAACUGAUAAGCAGGACACUGAAAAAUACAUGUUUGAUAGUGAGUGAAAGCCAAGAGAAUUGGGGGGGGGGUGGGGGGGGGAGAAAGAUGCUGUUCAGAGAUAAUUUUCCAGUAUUAAUGACCUCAUCAGAUUAGAGAAGCCCACCUAAAUCAAGCAAGAUAAGUUAAAAGUCCACCUGUAUGUUAAUAAAUUAAAAGACUACUCAAACAAGUAGGUUUUAUAUUAAAAGCAGCCAGAGUGGGGAAAACAUGAUCUUCAGGGAAGUGACAGACGAACAGUUGACUUCGUAACAGCAACGGUGGAGGUCAGAAGAAAAUAGAUUCCAUUCUUCCGGUGCUGAAGAACAUAGCCAAAAACAGAAAUACAGACACAGCAAAAUUCUUCCUCUGUUCUUUAUGGAAAAUUUCAGAUGAAAACCAGAGUUUAUUUUCAGGCCCUCGCUGAAGGAACUUUUAAGGAUAUCCUUAGGAAAGAAAACCCAGAGCAUGCAAGAAAAAAAUGGAGUACAAGGGAAAUUAUAAACUUCUGGAUGAAUUUAAACAAUAAUAGUGUUAACCAAUAUUUUUUAAGGUAUGGAUAAAUUUCCUUAAAAAGUUAAACAGAACUAACAUAUGUGAUCCAGCAGUUCCACUCCUAGGCUUACUUAAAAGAAUUGAAAGCAAGGAUUCAGAUACCCAUACACUUGUGUUCUUAGCAUCAUCAUUCACAAGAGCCAAAAGGUGGAAACAGCCCAGGUGUUCAUCAACAAAUGAGUGAAUAAACAAGAUGUGGCAUAAUACAUACGAUGGAAUAUUUUUUGGUCUUAAAAAUGAAGGAAAUUCUGGCACAUGCUAUAACAUGGAUGAAUCUGGAAAGCAUGCUAAGUGAGACAAGCCAGACACAGAAGGAGAGAUACAUGAUUUCACAUCUAUGAGAAAUAAUCAGGGGCACCAGGGUGGCUCAUUUGGUUAGGCGUUCGGCUUCGACUCAGGUCAUGAUCUCGCGGUUCAUGAGUUCGAGCUCCCCGUCGGGCUCUGUGCUGACAGCUUGGAGCCUGGAGCCUGCUUCGGAUUCUGUGUCUCCCUCCCUGCCCCUCUCUGGCUUGCUCACUCGCUCGCUCUCUCAAAAACAAAUAUUAAAAACAAUAAUCAUAAUCUUCGAGAAGUCAAAUUUCAUAGAGACAGAGUAGAAUGAUGCUGGGAAUGGAAGGGAGUGGGAGUGGGAGUUACUGUUUGAUGGGUAGAGUUUCUCUCUGGGCUGAUGAAGUUCUGGGGAUGGAUGGUGGUGAUGGUUGCACAACAUUGUAAAUGUACUUGCUACCACAGAAUUGCACAUUUAAAAAUGGUUAAAAUACUCAAUUUUUUCUUAUGUAUAUUUUACCAAGAUAAAAAAAACAACAUUCUUAUUUUUAAAAAACCGAUUAGAAGGGCAGGAAAGAAGGAACAAAUGGGACUUUUCUGAAUACUCCAAAUGCAAGAUACAGAUGGUCUGACUGUAAUAAAAGACUUGACUAUAUGCUGCUUAUGAAAGAGAUGGUUUGUAGAUUAAAAAUAAAAGUACAGAAAAGAAUUAUACCAUGUAAACACUACUCAUAUGAAAGUAAGUAUGGCUAUAUUGAUACCAAUUUUAAGAUUUUAAGAUAAAGAGUAUUACCGGAGAGAAAAAGCGUUUUUGUUUUUGUUUUUUUUUUUGGUUUGUUCUAGAAAAAAUUUUUUGUUUGCUUAUAGUUGACACAAUUUUACAUUAGUUUCAAGUGUACAGCAUAGUGAUUGGACAACUCUAUACAUCAUAAUACACUCACUACAAGUGUAGCUACUGUCACCAUACAACGCUAUUACAAUAUCGUUGGCCAUAUUUCCUAUGCUGUAUCAUUUAUUCCUAUGACCUAUUCUAUAACUGGAAGCAUAUCUCCCACUCCCCUUCACCCAUUUUGCCCAUCUUCCACCCCCUUUCCCUCUGGUGAUCAUCAGUUUAUACGUCUAGCUCUGCUUUUUGUGUCUUAAUUCAUUUGUUUUUUUAGACUUCACAUAUGAGUGAAAUCAUGAAGUAUUUUUUCUUGCUAAAAAAAACUUAGUGGUCAUAAAAGGGUUAACUUGGAAGAUACAAUAAUCUUACUGGCUACAUACCUAAUUAGGAGAGCUUCAAAAUAAUAUGAAGCAAAAUUUGACAGAAUUAAAGGGGAAAAGAAAUUCACAGUCAUAGUUGGUGAUUCUACCUCUUUCUGUAAUUAAUACAAUAAACAGACAUAAAACCAGUAUAAGUACAAAAUAAUUGAACCUAUCAACCAAAUCAGCAUUUAUUAGAACACUAAAGCCAAUGACUGUAAAACACACAUUCCUUUCAAGUACGUAUUGAUUGUUCACCCAGAAAGGCCAUAGACUGUACAUUUCAAUGGAUUAUGUAAAUUGAAAUUGUAUAAGGUACGUUCUUGAUGUGAUGACAGUGGAAUUUAAACAGUAAAAAGAUAACUGCAAAAUUCUCAAAUGUUGAGAAAUUAGGCAGCAUACUUCUAAGUAACCUACUGAUCAAAGAAAACAUCAAUUGAAAUCAAAUUAUUGGAACUGAAUAAUAAAAAUACAUUUCAAAAAUAGAUUCAGUUACAAUAGUGCUUAGAGAGGAACGUAUAAUUUUCAACGUAUGAGAAAAAGGUUUAAACUGUAUGUAUAUAAUAUAGAUUAUGUUUUGGAGAUUUUUGCAUUUUUGUUAAUGAAGGGUAUUGAUCUAAAAAAAACUUUUUUAUAUUGAUCUAAAAUUUUGAAAUGUCCUUGUAAUGUUGGGUUAUGAUAUUGAAGUUAUAACCUAAAACAAGUUAGGAAGUAUUUUCUCUUCAUCUAAUUGCUGAAAAAAAUAUAUAUAUAGAUCGAUACAUAUCUAUCUAUCUAUAUCUAUCUAUCUAUCUAUCUAUCUAUAUAUAUAUAGUUGAUCCUUGAACAACACAGGUUGGAACUGCAGAAGUUCAUUUAUGCAUGGGUUUACUUCAAUAAUUGGAAACAUUUUUGGAAAUCUGCAACAAUUUGAAAACUCACAGAUAAACCCUGUAGACUGGAAAUACUCAAAAUUUGAAAAAGGAACGUCAAAAAUGUAUAAAAUAUAUGUAGGCACUAGGCUCUUUUUUCAUUUAUUACAUAAAAUGUACUAUUAUGAAAAGUUAAAACUUAAUAAAAUUUAGGAACAGAAACACAGACUAUAUAUAUACAUGGUGCCAUUCGCAGUCAAGAAAAGUAAACAAAGAUGCAGUAUGAAGUAACUGCAUAAAAUCAGUUGUACAUAUUGUACCAUAAUAAUUUCAUAACCACCUCCUGCUGAAGUGAGCACACGUAAAACACCAUGUGACACUAGUCCUCUCUGCAUGAGCAGUUCACAUCUUCAGUAAAUUGCAUAUUGUAUUGCAAACUGCCUUCUUUCAGUUGCCCUGUAUUUUUGUGUUUAGCGCAGUACCAUAUACACUACAACAGGGGGCCCACAUGAAGUGCCACUAAUGGUGCUGGAGGUUCUAAGAAGCAGAGAAAAGUCAUGGCAUAAGGAAAAGUUGAAUUGCUUGGUGAGUACCAUUGAUGGAGAUCUGCUGCUGAUGCCUACCAUUUCAAGACAAACGAACCCAAGUGUAAGGACUGUUGUUAAAAAGAAAAGGAAAUUCAUGAAGUCAUGGUCGUGGUACACCAGAAGGUGCAAAACAUUUUUUGUGAAAUAUUUUAUCUUCUUGAAAAUGCAGCAUUUAUGUGGGUGCAGGAUUGCUAUUAGGAAGGUAUAUCUAUAGACUAAUAUCAUUCGACAACAACUUAAAAGGCAAAAAAUCUAAAACUGGAGAAUGUAACACCAGCAAAGGAUAGUUUGAUAAUUUUAGAAAGGUUUGGCUUAAGAAAUAACAAGAGAAGCCGUUUCUACUGACCCAAAAGCAGUAGACGAGUUCCCAGAAGCCAUUAAGAAAAUCAUUGAGGAGAAAGGAUAUCUGCCUGAGCAGAUGAAAGAGCACUAUUCUGGAAAAGUCUCAAAGGACAUUUAUUAGGAAGAGAAGCAAGUACCAGGAUUUAAGGCGAGAAGGGGAUAGAUCGGCUAACUUUACUGUUAAGUGCAAAUGCAGUCGGGUUGCUGAUGAGGACAGCCCUUAUUUUUGAAGCUGCUAACCUCCAAGCUGGAAGGUGAAGGGAAAAGAUAAACACCAACUGCCAGACUUUUGGUCUCACAAAGAAGGCCUGGACAAUGAGAACCUUUUUCUGGGCUGGUUACAUUGAUGCCCCCGAAGUCAGGAAGUACCUUGCCAGCAAGGGACUGUGUUUUGAAGUUCUUUUGAAAUUGGACAAAUACCCCUUGCCACUCAGAACUCUAUGAGUGUAACAUUGAAGGCACUGGAGUGUCUACAUGCCCCCCAAACACAAGGUCUCUAGAUCUGGGGUGUCAUAAAAACCUUUACGGCUCAUUACACCUGGUACUCUAUGGAAAGGAUUGUAAACGCUAUGGAAGAGAGCCCUGAUGAAGGGUUAAACUGUUGAAGAUCCCUCCAUUGUUACAGAAAAAAGCUGUGAAAGCUACCAAGCCCAAAAUAAUAAAUUCUUGCUGGAGAAAACUGUUCAGAUACUGUGCAUGACUUAAUAGGAUUU